UCCGACCCAACCGACUUGAAGGCCUUCAUUCCGUCGAGGGCAUUCGAGAAUUUGCGCUCUCCAAGCACGAACGAACCGACCAACACUCUUCAAAUCUGUACAAUGCUGACCAAGCUGGUGGUGGCUAUGGCCGCUGUGGCCGCGACUGUGGCCCAGGCCGAGACGAUCUUCCGCGAGACGUUUGACGACGCCGACUGGGAGAGCCGCUGGGUGGCCUCGACGUGGAAGCCCGCGGCCGAGGUGGGCAAGUUCGAGCAGGUGGUGGGCAAGCACUACGUGGAGGAGGGCGACAAGGCCAUCAAGACGAGCGAGGACGCGCGCUUCUACGCUCUGUCGGCCAAGUUCGACAAGCCCCUGAACAACAAGGGCAAGGACCUAUACCUCUCGUAUCUGGUGCAGCACGAGCAGAAGCUGGACUGCGGUGGCGCCUACAUUAAGCUGCUCCCUGCUGACGUGGACCAGGAGAACUUUGGCGGUGAGUCGCCCUACGCUGUCAUGUUCGGCCCCGAUAUCUGCGGUAGCACCAAGAAGACCCACGCCAUUCUAAACUACGCACGUCCGGGCGAGGAUGCCGUCAACAUGGACCACAAGGACACGAUUCGUGCCGAAUCCGACACGGACGCCCACGUGUACUCGUUCGUUCUUAAGCAGGACAACACGUACGAGGUCAAGAUCGACGGUAAGACCAUCAAGGAGGGUCCCUUGGACAAGAGCUGGCCGUUCCAGCCCGAGAAGCAGAUCAAGGACCCCAACCAGUCCAAGCCCAAGGACUGGGUGGACGCUAAGCAGAUUCCCGACCCAGAGGACAAGAAACCCGAGGGAUGGGACGACAUUCCCAAGACCAUCCCGGACCCGGACGCCGAGAAGCCCGAGGACUGGGACGACGAGGACGACGGAGAGUGGGAACCGGCGAUGAUCGAGAACCCGGAGUACAAGGGCGAGUGGAAGCCCAAGAUGAUCGACAACCCGGACUACAAGGGCGAGUGGGAACACCCGAUGAUCGACAACCCGGACUACUUCGAGGACGACGCCAUGUACAACGUGGCCAAGAAUGUUGGUGCUGUUGGUUUCGAGCUGUGGCAGGUCAAGAGCGGCACUCUGUUCGACGAUAUCUUGGUCACGGACAGCGAGGAGGAGUUCAACGCUCACGAGGAGGCUGUUCUGGCUAAGACGGAGGCGAUGGCUGCUAAGAAGAAGCAGAUUCAGGACGAAGAGAAGGCCAAGAAGGAGGCCGAGGCGAAGGCGAAGGAGGCGGAGAAGGAAGACGCUGACGAGGCUGAUGAUGAGGAGGAAGAAGCCGCUGAAGAGGCGGAGGAGACCAAGGAGGAGGCUAAGGAAGAGACCCAGGAGGAGAAGGCUGAGAAGGACGAGCUGUAGACGUCGACCCAAAAAAUAGUCCCCUUCUUACUUU